CAAUCGACUCUAGCUGCUGCGUGCAUUCCAAGUCCGACUUUCGAUUCACCAUGUUGCGUUUGAGCUCGCUCCUGACUAUCGCCUUUGCGGUGGCGUUGUCAUCCGUAUCCGUCCUCUCAGAGAUAGUCAACUUUCAGACGUGCGACGAUAGUGUGGACACCUGCUCGAUCAAUCAGGUGCGGGUGACGCCCUGUCCGGAGGCCAAUGCCAAUGCCGCAUGCCGCAUCCGCCGGAGGCACAGCUUCACGAUGAGCUUCGACUUCACGCCCCACUUCGAUGCCGAUACCCUGAAGGCCAGCUUGGGUUGGGCCAAGAGCGACAACGUGGAGCUGCCCCUACUCUCCAUGGACCGGGAGGCCUGCAAGUACACCACCUGCCCCGUGAGGUCCGGAGUCACCCAGACGUACACCAACACCAUGCUCGCCGAUGCCAGGUUCCCGCUGAGUCCCUACACGAUCCGUUGGGCUCUGAAGGAUCCGGUUUCGCAGAAACGCUGCUGCUUCACCAUCGACAUCAAGGUGGUGCGCUAGGAAGGUGCUCUGUAUUGGGUGCUCCACUAAAUAGCUGGACUGCAUUUAAACGAUUUACGAUAUUAAAGUGUUUUAGAAGUGGCCGAUA